AUCAGCGGAAUAUUCAAGUACUGGGACGCGUCGGUGAUCCAGACGAAAUCUUAGUGUCUGUGCUCGUGCAGGAUGGAAAGAUUGUACCAGGCACAUACGAUGCCAUGCCUUCAUAUCUGAUAUGCACCGUCGAUGGUGUGUUGCAGUUCAUUCUCGUGCUCGUUGGAUGUCUUAGGGAAGUCUUGGUCCAGUCUUGGGCCGCUACUGCUGAUGUAGACCAGGCGUAUUCAGUGGGAUGA